GGUGGUGGUGGUGUUAUAAGCAAAGCAGAAAAAGUAGUAGUAGUAGUAGUAGUAGUAGUGAUGGUGGUGAUAGUAUUAGCGUUAUAAACAGGACGAAGGGAGUAAUAGUAGUAGUAGUAGUAGUAGUAGUAGUAGUAGUAGUAGUAGUAGUAGUAGUAGUAGUAGUAGUAGUGCUAUAACCUGAACAAAAGUAAUAAUAAUAAUAACAAUAACAAUAGUAGUAGUAGUAAUAGUACCACCACCAUCACAACCACUAACUUCUACAGUGAACAAAGAGAACAAGAGAACAGAUAGACAGACAGACAGACAGACAGACAAGAUGUAACCCUUUCUACAGAACACCCCCUGACUCGUGGUGAUCAAUGAGAGACUGGUAACACCUCCACCACCACCACCACCACGCCACAUGCUCCGCUCCACGCCCCCGCGCCAGGCUGGGGUGGGUGGGCAACGUGGGGCGCGUCUCUUCCCCUCCCGCAGCCAGCCAGAUCUGACACUAGUUGGUAUAAGAAGCGUGUUGUCCCCACGCCCUUUCUCCGCGCCCCACGCCAACCCACAGGCCCCACGACACGCCUCCUGCACCUCCAGCUACUCCUCCGACGUGUUUCCUCACUGCGGCGGCCAGGCAGGGGCGUCAGGGGCAGGUGCAGGGGUGUCAGGGGUGUCAGGGGCGCCGCUAGGGUCGGACACCUUAACUGACGUGCAGGAGGGCGUGUACUUGAGUCAAGACGAGGACUGUGAUGAUGAUAACGACUUCGGUACGACCUCCCGCCCCAAUGACAUGCCCCCGCCUCGUCAUGCUCUCCCCCAGGCGCUCCUCGGUCUGCACGCUCAGGGCUCCAGGGACUCGGCUCUCGGCUCCAGCAUAGACGGCGCCGCGAGACUUCCUCCUGAUGGCUUGCACGACCGGGAUCUGGACACGCCGAGGGAGGGGAGGCACGAGGACGCUGCAGAAGGCGACGAAGAGGAGGAAGAGGACGAGGAGGAGGAAGAGGAAGAAGAGGAAGACCAGGAGGAUAAUACUGAGGGGGAGGACGGUAAAUGUGUAGGAAAUGAAGCAGGAAACAAGAUUGACACAUCACACUCACCAGGACGUCAAGAAUCUGAAGAACAACCGCAACAGGAGAGGAAGGGACGCGAGGAGACACCACAGAACACACCCACAGACACUGACGAAGGCACAGAGGACGACACCACCACCACAGAGGCGCCAAACACCCCACACGGCAGCAAAAUGCAUCGAGGACAGAAUUACAGACAUCACCCGCUACAAGAACCAAAACGCAACUCAAGGCCUUUGAAAAUUUUGACCCCCACGCGUACAGGACCCUUCCCAAUGACCCACCCGCCCCUGACAGUGACCCCUGACCCCUUUCCAGAAGGUAGUGGUGACCUGGACGCCUCGCAGGUCAAUGUACAGGAGAUUAUUGACGUGAGGUUAGUUGAGGCGCACCGCUCCGGUCACCUGAACUUGUCCAAUCUUGGUUUGCCCUUCUUCCCUUCAGCCGUUCUUCUCGUCGACACCUCAGUCAUUCACCGCCUCAGCCUUCAGGAUAACAAACUAGUAGAGCUACCAGCUGCGUCCCUGAGCCAGCUGACCCACGUGACCUGGCUUGACCUGCGUUACAACCUCCUGGCCUACCUGCCGCACGAGGUUGGCGCCCUGGUCAGCCUUCAGGUUCUACUACUGCAGGGGAACCGAUUGGCCAGUCUUCCAACCUCCCUUGGCACGCUCCCGGGGCUGGUAACACUUCAGGUGAGCGACAACCCGCUAAGUUUUCCUCCUGAAGAAGUGAUACGGGGCGGAACACGAGCGAUCAUCCAGUUCCUUCGAGAGGCGGGCGCUGCCACCACCACCACCACCACCACCACCACCACCACCUCCAGCGACUGUAGCAGUAGCGAGGCCUGCACACCGGUUCGAAUCCCAGUGACGUCUUGGAGCAGGGACACGAAGCAGGAGGACCUUAUAUACAAUGAGAGUGUGAUGAGAGUGGAGGAUGACGAAAGUACUGACGAAGGCGACGAAGGUGAUGGUGACUUUAAUGCAACAGUGAUGGAGGAUAGUGAUAAAUACGCUAGUGACACGUAUGCAUGCCAGGGCUACGGGACAUGCCAAGGGGGAUGCCAAGAGGAGUGCCAAAGGGCGUGCCAAAGGGCGUGCCAGCCAACAGCCAUGCCCAGUCUUCGCGUAGCCAUCAGGACAAGCAGGGAGGAGGCCAGCCCUCGCCCUGACCAUCACCACCACCACCAUGACGCCCCUGACCAAAGCCAAGAUCUCCAACUGGCCCUGCACUCCCACGCCCCUGACAGCGAUAGAGACACCCUUGCUGCCCCUGCCAGUCCCGUCUCCCCCUGCCUGCUGACCCCCAACACAGACCUCCCCACCAGGACCACUUUUGACCUCACGCAGGAAGACCUCCAAGAGUUUGAAAGGGAGCUACUCAUUGCGUUGGACUCAGAGGGACCUGGUGACCUUGGGGACCUGGAAGGGCUGCUGUCUCUCACUCAAAGCCUAGAGGUCCUGGAUAGGAUACCGGAAGGGGGCCUCAAACAACGCAUCCUUCAAUCUUUAAGUCAGCGAAAUGUCUUGACAGCUCCUGAUAUCCCUGAGUUGGAAGGUCCCUGCGUAGGUCCUCACCGCAGAGCCCUACACUUGCACCUUCAGGGCGGCCACCAGUACUUCGAGGACGACUCAGAAAGCCUCCAGGGUGAUUUGGGGGAGGGAUACCGCAAGCCACACACGCACACACACCACGACGAGGCGGAAACUUCCAAAAAGGUGAGCCCGCUGCCCCUGCCUGUGGUGAGCCUGGAGCUGCCCACGGGGGACGAGAGGAGUGCCUGGGAAGAGGAGGAGGGGAGGAGAGAGAGGAGAAGCAACAGGAAGAAGAAGAGAGGGCCAUCUAACCGUCUUUCUAAACCGAAGUUAGCGACUGUGGCAGAGGUGCACAGAAGAGCGAGAGAAGAGAGAAAAAGGCAAAGACAGAUGAUGGCUGCCAACAGAGAGAUGGUGGAGACACAGAGGCUUAAGAGCAUGGAGGGGCUGGAGGCGUGGCGGGACGAGACGAGACUUCUUCAGGAGCAGCGCGCCCUUCAACCAGAAGUGUACCUGCCUGCCGUGUUAGAGGCGCCCUUUGCAGUGGAUGGCACUAUGUUGACCCCGAGAGCGAGGUCAAGGUUCAAGUCGAGUGGCGGCGUACGCACCUCCCUCACCUCCUCAGUGAGCGAGGUGUGCGCAGGUGUGAGGUCCUGUCUGGAAGAGCUGAAGAAAACGAAGACAGAGAGAAGAAAAGGCGAAGAAGGAGGAGGAGGAGGAGGAGGAGAAGGAGGAGGAGGAGGAGGAACUCUGGGUCAUCCUGCAGCAAUAGUUAAUCAACUGCAUCAUUUAAGGAGACAAUUGCAUCGUUUAAAGGUGAACUGUGUUAUUUAGAGAGAGAGAGAGAGAGAGAGAGAGAGAGAGAGAGAGAGAGAGAGAGAGAGAGAGAGAGAGAGAGAGAGAGAGAGAGUAU